GGGUCCCCGCGGCCGCGGCCCUCGCCGCCAGCGGCCAGCCCGACCCCGGGCAGCUCCGCCUCCGCCUCGACGUGCGCUGCCGGGCCCCGAGCACGGGCGUGGCGGCGGCCUAGCCCCGCCGGCGGGCCGCGCCUCCCGGCCAGCACCAAGCAUGGCGGCCGCCCGAGCCGGGUGAGGCGCCCGGCAGCGCCCGCCGGAAGCGCGCGGACGGGACCGGACGGGACGCGGCGGCGGCGGCGACAGCCCGGCCCCGCGGGAGCCUCGGGCGGCCGAGAUGGGGCUGCCCGCGAUCCCGCUGCUGAUCAACGUGUGCGGCUCGCUGCUGGGGCUGGCGGCCACCGUGACGCUGAUCCCCGCCUUCAAGGACCACUUCAUCGCGGCCAAGCUCUUCGGCCUCGACCUGAACAAAACCUCCAGGCAGCCCGUCCCUGAAUCCCAAGGUGUGAUCAGUGGAGCAGUGUUUUUGAUCAUCCUUUUCUGCUUCAUUCCUGUGCCCUUCCUGAGCUGUUUUGUAGAGGAGCAAUGCAAGGUAUUUCCUUACCAUGAGUUUGUGGAGCUCAUCGGUUCCCUGCUUGCCAUCUGCUGUAUGAUUUUCCUGGGCUUCGCGGAUGACGUUUUGAACCUGCGUUGGCGACACAAGCUGCUACUUCCCACCAUGGCCUCCCUUCCUCUCCUAAUGGUUUACUUCACCAACUUUGGGAACACGACAAUUGUGGUGCCAAAGCCCUUCCGGGUACUGCUGGGUCUGCACUUGGACCUGGGUAUCCUGUAUUAUGUGUACAUGGGCAUGCUCGCAGUCUUUUGCACCAAUGCCAUCAACAUUCUUGCUGGAAUUAAUGGGCUUGAGGCGGGACAGUCUUUGGUGAUUGCUGCCUCCAUCAUCAUUUUCAACAUCGUUGAAUUAAAUGGAGAUUAUCAGGAUGAUCAUAUUUUUUCUCUCUACUUCAUGAUUCCCUUUUUUUUCACCACUCUGGGGCUGCUUUAUCACAACUGGUACCCGUCCCGUGUUUUUGUGGGGGACACAUUCUGCUAUUUUGCUGGAAUGACCUUUGCUGUGGUAGGGAUCCUUGGGCACUUCAGCAAGACAAUGCUGCUCUUCUUCCUCCCACAAGUGCUCAACUUCCUGUAUUCACUACCUCAGCUGUUUCACAUCAUUCCUUGCCCCCGACAUCGGCUGCCCAGGUUAAAUCCUGCUACAGGGAAACUGGAAAUGAGCUACUUCAAAUUUAAAACCAAGAGUCUCUCAACCCUGGGAGCAUGCAUUCUGAAGGUAUCAGAGAGCUUGCGCAUUGUAGAUGUAAGACGGGGAGUGGAUGAAGAUGGAGAAUACACAGAAUGCAACAACAUGACUAUCAUUAACUUUGUUAUAAAGCUCAUUGGACCAACCCCAGAGCAAACACUCACCAUCCUGCUGCUACUCAUCCAGGUUCUGGGAAGCACAAUUGCAUUUCUGAUCAGAUACCAGCUAGUGCGCUUAUUCUACGAUGUCUGACAGAUGUCAGGAGAAAGGGAAGUGCCAGCUCCUCUUAAUCAGUCCCUUAUUUUCUCUGGUUCUGAUCCAGAUGGCUGAAAUGGUCCUGUGUUGGCCCUGGACAUCUCAGGACUGCCUUCCAGAUGCUAGGAAAGACUCUGGGACACAAAUCUAAUUUUUUUUGUUUGUUUGUUUCCUCCUUGGUUGGAAACAGCAGGAAUUUGACAGAUUCUGCUGUUAAAGUUAUAUAAGCAUCAUUACUUCCUAGACCUCCUAAUGAGUGGGACUAACCUGCAUGUGCAAAGACAUAAGUAUGAUCUGAGUCUUCUGGCCAAGAUGAUGGGGUAGAGGUAGAGGAGGAUCAGCCAUAGUUCCUUUCAUCUUGUGAAAUACAUUGUUUUGCCUGAAAUAUGCAAAGGAUAAACCUGCAACAAUGCCUGCAAUCUCUUCUGAACUCUACAUACCGGACAGUCCUCUCCAGUUUCAUCUUUCUGCCACAGAUACGGAAUAAUCCACUUUUCAGCCUAUCUACAACUCAGAAACAAGAUAUUCAGGUCGUGUAAUCUGACUACAGAAUAGCUUCCCAUUCCUCUCUGCCACAGGGAUAAAAUGUUGAAACACAAUUAAACGAUAUCAAUUAUACAUUGCUAUGACACCCUCUUAUAGAGAAUGGUCAUUUCUAUUGCAGCAUCUGUUCUCCCACUUUUCAUUGUUGCUGACAUUUUUUCCUGCUGAAGGGUCAUGCAGUUUCCCUAACCUACAUUGCUCUAUGACCCAUGGCACCUCUAGCACCAAAAUACCCACACUUUCACAUGUCUCAUCAAUUAUAAAAACAAAAAACACCUUCCGCCUAUUUGUGCAUUAGCAGCCAUCAGACCCCCUGGUCCUAAUGGUUUUCCCUUCGUUCAAAUAAUUCAUUUUCACAUUGCACUUUUUUCAGCACGACGGUGCUUUACAGUUAUUAUUUAUACAGGGAAAAUAAUGUCAUUCAAAUGACAAAGCAUUAGAACAACUGAAGUGAAAUAAAACUGUACGGGAACCGACUCACUCAAUCGGACUUUAUUUAGGACACCAGUGUUAACAUCCCUGUUGUACUGUCCUUAUGACUUGAACUGAAUUAUAAGGAGUGAUUAUAGCCUCAGGCUACCACGGUCCGUUUAAAAUGAAAAUAAAUCUCGGGGGACUUUUCCCCCAGCUUUCACGGC